AUGGAGAACAGCCACCCCCCCCCGCAGCAGCCCCCGCCGCAGCCCGGCCCCGCGGGCGAGAGGAGGAACCACCACUGGCGGAGCUACAAGCUCAUGAUCGACCCGGCGCUCAAGAAGGGGCACCACAAGCUGUACCGCUACGAUGGGCAGCACUUCAGCCUGGCGAUGUCCAGCAACCGCCCGGUGGACAUCGUCGAGGACCCCCGCGUCGUCGGGAUCUGGACCAAGAACAAGGAGCUGGAGCUGUCGGUGCCCAAAUUCAAGAUCGAUGAGUUCUACGUGGGGCCCGUGCCUCCGAAGCAGGUGACAUUUGCCAAGCUGAACGACAACAUCCGCGAGAACUUCCUGCGGGACAUGUGCAAGAAGUACGGGGAGGUGGAGGAGGUGGAGAUCCUGUACAACCCCAAGACCAAGAAGCACCUGGGCAUCGCCAAGGUGGUCUUCGCCACUGUCCGGGGCGCCAGGGAGGCGGUGCAGCACCUGCACAGCACUUCCGUCAUGGGCAAUAUCAUCCACGUGGAGCUGGACACCAAGGGGGAGACCCGGAUGCGCUUCUACGAGCUGUUGGUGACUGGCCGCUACACGCCCCAGACCCUCCCGGUGGGGGAGCUGGACGCUGUGUCUCCCGUGGUGAGCGAGGCCCUGCAGCUGUCCGACGCCCUGAAGCGCCUCAAGGAUGGUGGCCUGGCAGCAGGCUGUGGCUCUGGCUCGUCCUCUGUCACCCCCAACAGCGGCGGGACGCCCUUCUCGCAGGACACGGCCUAUUCCAGCUGCCGCCUGGACACCCCCAACUCCUAUGGGCAGGGCACGCCGCUCACGCCGCGCCUGGGCACCCCGUUCUCGCAGGACUCCAGCUACUCCAGCCGCCAGCACACGCCCUCCUACCUCUUCGGCCAGGACGCCGCGGCCACCUUCAAGGCACGGCGCCACGAGAGCAAGUUCACGGACGCCUACAACCGGCGCCACGAGCACCACUACGUGCACAACGCCGCAGGCGCUGCCGCGGCCUUCAGGGGCGCCGCGGACCUCACCUUCGGGGCCGGGGCGCCGGACCCUGCCGGCCCCCUGGGCCAGACGGCCGAGGUGGCGCUGGAGCUGGCUGCGGACAGGACCCCGACCUCGGAGCAGAUGGACGAGGGCCAGCAGUCCUCCGGUGAGGACAUGGAGAUCUCCGACGAUGAGAUGCCCUCGGCCCCCAUCACCAGCGCCGACUGCCCCAAGCCCAUGGUGGUGGCCUCGGGGGCCGCAGCCGUGGCCGCCCCCUCCGUGCUGGCCCCAGCCCUGCCCCUGCCCCCGCCCCCGCUGCCAGGGCCGCCCGGGGUCCCGCCACCCCCCAUCCUGCCGCCGCUGCCCCCGUUCCCGCCUGGGCUGUUCCCGGUGAUGCAGGUGGACAUGAGCCAUGUGCUCGGCGGCCAGUGGGGCGGCGUGCCCAUGUCCUUCCAGAUGCAGACACAGAUGCUGAGCCGGCUGAUGACCGGCCAGGGGGGCUGCCCCUACCCGCCCUUCGUGGCCGCGGCCGCUGCUGCUGCUGCCGGACUGCACUUUGCCAGCCUGCCCCCGCACCGGGGCCCCUUCUCCCCAAGCAACGCUGGCCCCGGCCGCGGGCAGCCCUGGCCGCCCCUGCCCAGGUUCGACCCGUCGGUGCCGCCACCAGGCUACGUGCCGCGCCAGGAGGAUCCGCACAAGGCCACCGUGGACGGCGUCCUGCUGGUGGUCCUCAAAGAGCUCAAGGCCAUCAUGAAGCGCGACCUGAACCGCAAGAUGGUGGAGGUGGUGGCCUUCCGCGCCUUCGAUGAGUGGUGGGACAAGAAAGAGCGGCUGGCCAAGGCCUCGCUGACCCCGGUGAAGUCCGGGGAGCACAAGGACGAGGACCGGCCAAAGCCGAAGGACCGCAUCGCCUCGUGCCUGCUGGAGUCCUGGGGCAAGAGCGAGGGCCUGGGCUACGAGGGCCUGGGCCUGGGCAUCGGGCUGCGCGGCGCCAUCCGCCUGCCCUCCUUCAAGGUCAAGAGGAAGGAGCCCCCCGACGCGGCCGCGGCUGGCGACCAGAAGCGCCUGCGGCCGUCUGCCUCCGUGGACGAGGAGGACGAAGAGGCCGAGCGGGACCGCGACGCGCCCGACGCGCCCUGCGAGCUCACCAAGCNCGACGCCAAGGGCGCGGGCGUGCGGCGGCGGCCAGGGCGGCCCCUGGAGCUGGACAGCGGCGGGGAGGAGGACGAGAAGGAGUCGCUGUCGGUGUCCUCGUCCUCGUCGGCAUCCUCGUCCUCGGGCUCCGCAACGACCUCGCCCUCCUCCUCUGCCUCUGACAAGGAGGAGCGGGAGAGCACAGAGGAUGAGGCGGAGGCCGGGGCGCAGGCAGAGGGGCGCCCCCAGAGCCAGGCCUCUUCGUCGACCUCGGCCACCUCGGACAAGGACGAUGAUGACGACGACGACGAUGACGAGGACGACGAGGACGAAGACGAAGACAGCGACGACCAGGAUGAGUCCGAAGACGAGGAUGUGGCCCUGUCGGAAGCGAGUGAGGAGGAGGCCGGGGACUCUGACGCAGAGGACACGGUGAGCGUCGCCACCUCCAGGGCCCGGCCGGGGUCCUCCAGCCCGAGCUCCGAGUCUUCCGGGUUCGAGUCCAGCUCCGAGUCCUCGUCGUCCUCAGAGGACGAAGAGGAUGAAGAGGAGGCCAGGGCGGCGGCAGCCGCGGAAGAGGCGGCGGCGGCGGAAAGCCUGGCCCCCACUGCCCCCGAGGACGACCACUUCGAGGAGGUUGCGGCCACCGUGGCCACAGACGAUGCGCAGGAGACAGAGUCCGUGGGCAUGGAGGAGGAGGCGCAGGUCGAGGACGAGGCCCCGGGGGAGCAGACCCCCGUGCCGGCAGAGCCGCUCCUGCUGCCCGCCGCGGAGGGCCGCAGGGGGCCCCCCCAGGAGCUGGGCCCACACCAGGACACCCCGCGUCCGGUGUCGCCAGGGGCUCCUGCCAGGGCCGGGGAGCCCGGGCCUGCGCCCUCGCCAGAGCCCAUGCCAGGGGAAGAUCUGGGAGCCCCAGCCAGGCAGCCACAGCUGCUGCCCCUGCCGCCCCCGCGACUGUCCCGGCUGCCCACGGCGGGGGCAGCAGCCCUGGGCAGGGAGCUCCUGCUCCUGCCGGGCCAGCCACAGGCCCCCACCUUCUCUGGCGCCCAUGACCCGCGGGCCGUGACCCUGGACUUCCGGAACGCGGGCAUCCCGGCCCCCCCACCGCCCCUGCCCCCCCAGCCGCCUCCGCCUCUGCCCCCACCGCCCACGGAGCCCGCCAAGCUGCCCUUCAAGGAGCUGGAGAAUCAGUGGCCCUCCGAGGCCAUUCCCCCCGGCGCCCGCGGGCGCGAGGAGCUCACCGAGGACUUGCUGGGCCUGGCCAAGGUGCGGGGCUCCUGGCGCCGGCCCCUGAAGAAGCGCCACGAGGACCCGGUGGGCCCUGCCUCGCCCGAGCGCUCGCCCCCGCAGCCCCUCUUCCGGCCCCGGUCGGAGUUCGAGGAGAUGACCAUCCUGUAUGACAUCUGGAACGGCGGCAUCGACGAGGAGGACAUCCACUUCCUGUGCGUCACCUACGAGCGGCUGCUGCAGCAGGACAGCGGCAUGGACUGGCUCAACGACACACUCUGGGUGUACCACCCCUCCACCAGCCUCUCUUCGGCCAAGAAAAAGAAGCGGGACGACGGGCUCCGUGAGCACGUGACGGGCUGUGCCCGCAGCGAGGGCUUCUACACCAUCGACAAGAAGGACAAGCUCAGAUACCUCAACAGCAGCCGUGCCAGUACCGAGGAGCCCCCCGCGGACACCCAGGGCAUGAGCAUCCCGGCGCAGCCCCACGCCUCCACGCGGGCCGGCUCCGAGCGCCGCUCCGAGCAGCGCCGCCUGCUGUCCUCCUUCACCGGCAGCUGUGACAGUGACCUGCUCAAGUUCAACCAGCUCAAGUUCCGGAAGAAGAAGCUCAAAUUCUGCAAAAGCCACAUCCAUGACUGGGGCCUGUUUGCCAUGGAGCCCAUCGCGGCGGAUGAGAUGGUCAUCGAGUACGUGGGCCAGAACAUCCGGCAGGUGAUCGCGGACAUGCGGGAGAAGCGCUAUGAGGACGAGGGCAUCGGCAGCAGCUACAUGUUCCGGGUGGACCACGACACCAUCAUCGAUGCCACCAAGUGCGGCAACUUCGCGCGCUUCAUCAACCACAGCUGCAACCCCAACUGCUACGCCAAGGUCAUCACGGUGGAGUCCCAGAAGAAGAUUGUCAUCUACUCGAAGCAGCACAUCAGCGUCAAUGAGGAGAUCACCUACGACUACAAGUUCCCCAUCGAGGACGUCAAGAUCCCCUGCCUGUGCGGCUCCGAGAACUGCCGGGGGACCCUCAACUAGGCCCCCGCCCGCCCCACUCAGGUGCUGCCCGCCCGCGGCCCGUGCCCUGAGCGGGCCCUGCGCUGCCCGCCGCCCCGUGGGUGCUGCUGCGCCGUCUGUUUGCUCUGUUUGCUUCCUUGGCGCGAGAAAAGACGUUUUAACCGUUGAAAUGUGAAG